AUGCCGACAGCACUGCCAGUGGCGACAUUGGUGGUGACGCAGCAGGAGUCACAUCACCGACAGCACUUAAAGCCUCCGAAGAUUAUCGCAGAUUUGCAUGAUGGCAUUGCUGUGAGGGAUAGGGAUGGGGUUCGCCGAGGAUUGACUGGGUAUGCGGGGAGGGAGGAUGGUAGUAGGGAUGGUUUGAGUGGGGAGGAAGGAAGGGAGAGUGACUGGGGCGGAGGUAAAGCAAGUGCAGGCGAGAGGGGUGUGAGCGGGAGGAGGAGUGCAGAUGUGAAAGGGAAAGGUGAGGAGAUAGAGGUUGAGACUCCCCAGCCCCUGUCAGCCCUCCAGACACUGCUAAGUAGCAACAGCAAACCACGAGCAGCUUUUGAAACGAGUCAGAAGGUGGUGCUGGUAAGUGGCAGCAGUCGUGGUGGAGAGGUGGUGGUGAGGAAUAAGGGGGAGGAAGAAGAGGAGGAGAACGAGGGCGGAGAUGGAGAGGAGGAAGAGGUGGAGGAAGAGGAAGAAGAGGAGGAUGAGGGAGAGGAAGAGGAAAGCGAGGAAGAGGAGGAGGAAGAUGACGAGGAGGAAGUGGAGGAGAGUGAAGAGGAGGAAGGGAGUGAAGGGGAAGAGGAGGAUGUGGAGAGGGAGAGAGGAAGGAGGAUGACAAGGGAGGUAUCAGAGGAGGACGGUGGGGAGGAGGGGACGGAGGAGAGCGAAGGGCAGGAGAAGGAGGAGCUACUAUUGGGCCGAUUUAUGCUGAGGGCACUAAGCAGCGGCCAGUGGAGGGAGGUGUCGUUGUCUCUCAACCGCCCGCCUUCCGCUCACUCACAGCAGCCCCCUCUCCCUCUAUCGCACCUCCCACAAGCACACCCCCCUCUCCCUCUUCCUCCGUCGCACCUCCCACGUUCCACAUCCAUCCUCCGGCACUCCUCCCCCUCCUUCACCCCCUCGAUCCGCCUCGUCUCUUGGGCCAACGCAGCUCACCGCCUCUCCUUCCGCUCUGCGCUUCAAACCGAAGCUGCAGCUUUGGCAGCAGAAGGGCUGGAUUCCGAGCCUACACAUGCGGCUCCGCCGAAGGUUCGGCAUGUGGCUCGGCAGUCUGUGCAGGUUCCGGCCCAGCUUCUCGAACCUAAGCUGCUUUCGGGGAGUCAGCAGGACGAACCGAAGUUGAGACAAGGGGAAAAAGGAGCGCAUGGAGUGGAUCGUGCUUUGAUGUGCGUUGAAACGAAACGAGGCCAGGUGGGUGGUGCUGCAGCUGAGACGACUCAAAAGCCAUUUAAAGAGGAGCACUUGCUGAAUAAAGGUGUUGUAUCUGACCGGAACGCAUCAAAACAAGGCUUGGGUAUGAAUCGAAAUCACGGGGAAGCCAUGCAAAGAGCUGAUUCCAGUCAUGGGGCAAUGGGUGCUGCGGCUGCUGUUGCAUUGGGGAGGAGAGAAAACGCAGGAGGGAGGGAGAAAGGGUCAUGCGAAGGGGCAGGAGUGAGGGAGGAGAAGGUUAGAGAUCCGUUGUUGAGAAGCAUUGAGAAGGGAAGGGAAGAUGAGACUGGGGAGUUAAGGGGAAGUCCUUUAGGAAAGGUUAAGAAAGACAGGGGGGAGGAGAAGGAGGAGGGGAAAGUGGAGGAAGAAGAGGAAGAGGAGGAAGAGGAGGAAGAUGGUGAGGAACGAAGGGCAGGUGCAGUUGGAGGUAGGGAGGUGGGAGGGGAGAAGAGGGAGGAGGACAGAGGGGAGAAAAGGAAGGAGGGAGGGAAGGAAAGGGAGGAAGUGGGAGGGGAGAAAAAAGAGAAAGUGGGAGGGCAGAAAAAAGAGAAAGUGGGAGGAGAGAUCACGGAGGAGAAGGGGCGGGAGAGGGAGAGAGAACGAGAGAAGAGGAGAGCGAGGGACGGAGGAGGUGAGGAGAAGGGCAAGCAUAUGAGGAGGAAGGAGAAGAAGAGAAGCAAGAGUAGGCGAUUUGCAGAAUGGUCGUCUGAUGAGUGGAUGGGAGCAGAUGAGGGAGAGGAGAGGGGAGAGGAAGGGAGGUCCGGUGCAGGUGUAUUUGCUAAGAGAGGGGGUGAUUGGGAGGGGAAGAGAGAGCAUGAGAGAGAGCAGGAGGAGGGGAGUGAGAGUGAUUCAAGAGUUGCAGCGAGGACGGAGAGGCAGCUUAUUCUGGCUACCAGGCAGGCGGAGGAGCAACCAGGUGGGCUGCAGGGUCAAGGGAGUGGGGAGGAGGAGGAAGAGGUGGAGAGGGAUGAGGAAGAGGCGGAACAUGAGGAGGAAAAAUUUGCGAUGAGGGAUGAGGAAGAUGGGAAGAGAGAGGAAGGAGAUGGUUUUGAGAGGGAGCUGGAAGGGAGGGUUUCUGUGCCGGGUGAUGGUCAUGGGGAGGGUGCGGCGGGGAUGCAUUGGGGAAUGGAGGAAGAGGACGAAGAGGAGGAGAGGAGGAAAAGGUUGAAGAAACGGAAGCUUGAUGAGGGGAUUUGGGAAGAGAGGCAGGAGAGGAAAGGGAGGAGGGAGCAGGAGAAGAGGGAGAAGAGAGAGAAGAGGGAGAGGAGAGAGAAGGAGAAGCGGGAAAGGGAGAGGAAGCGGAGGGAGAGAUCGUCGUGUGCUCGUGUGGAGUGGGGCGGAUGGGAGUGGAGAGAACACGUGAAGCAAAUCGCUCAGAAAGAGGCUCUAAAGCAACGAGCCGAGGCGUACUAUAAAGGGGAUAGAGGCGAGGGCGCGAGAGAAUGGGAAGCAGAGGGCACAGGGCUGGGCGCAGGGGCGUCCAUGCGCACUCCCCGCAUGCUCUCCCGGGCAAAUCUCUCCCAAGCUAGUAUUUCGAGAGGGCCUGGCAGCAGGACACAGAGAGAGGGGUCUCUUGCCGUGCUUGCUUCUGCUGGGAAUGGCGGAGUGGGCUUGCUUGGGGGAGGAGGAGGAGCAGCAGCAGGGGAGGAAGCAUGGGAGGGAAUGGGUGCGGGCAAUAGCAUGGGGAGUGGUGCCCUCACACUAAUCGGCAGUGCAAGGAGCAGCAGGGCGCUACUGAGGCAGCUAGCGGUGGGUUCAGAGGGGUUGGAAGGGGUGAGGUUCAAGCAACUGAAGGGGAGAAAGAAGAAUCUGAAGCUGGUGAGGAGCCGGAUACACGGGUGGGGGCUGCUGUCUCUGGAGCGGAUCGAAGCAGGGGACUUUAUCAUCGAGUAUACCGGCACCAUCAUCCGCCGAUCGGUGAGUGCGCUGGGAGAGUGGGCAAAGAAUAGGCAAGUGCUGCUGAGACGUUUGGAAGAAUCUGAAGCUGGUGAGGAGUCGGAUACACGGGUGGAUGCCACUCGCAGCGGCGGUCUCGCUCGCUUCAUCAACCACUCGUGUGAUCCCAACUGUUACACCAAGGUGAUAGUAGCGGACGGGCAGAAGCACGUGGUGAUCUACUCCAAGCGGGUGAUCCAAGUGGGGGAGGAGCUCAGUUACGACUACAAGUUCCCCAUUGAGGACGACGCCAAGAUCCCCUGCCUCUGCUUGUCUAGAAAGUGCCGAGGCUACCUCAACUGA